CUGGAAAUCUGCAAAGAAGUUCCACACAGUAAGACAGAACAGUACGGAACCCUGUUCAUGAGCCGCGGCUCCAUCUGCUCCGACCGACCGACCGACAGACCAGCCGACCGACUCUGGGAACCAAAGUUUAAAAACGAGAAGCUAUGAACAGUGGGAUCUGCGCAUGUGUCUUACUCGCUGUCCUCUCGAGCACCUGCUUGGCUCGUCCGUCGGCGGGCUCCGAGGGCGAUGGCAGCCCCACAGCCGCACAGCUUGACCAGAGUGCCUCCGUGCUCAACAGGAAUGUCCGCUCAGCCCCGAACAACGCACAGCUGAGGCCCUUCCUGAAGACGGACGGGACUGCGCAGCAACGGGCCGGCAUCGGGUCACUCUUGUCCAAGUACAUCAAGCAGAUGAUGAAAGGUCCUUCUGGAAUGGUGUCAGCGAGCGGGAAAUCACACAGCAUCGAGCCCAACCACAGAAUAAACGACAGAGACUACGUGGGCUGGAUGGACUUUGGACGCCGCAGCGCUGAAGAAUACGAGUACUCCUCCUAAAGUGAGAAAUACAAAGGAGACAAAAUAAAAAAAGGGUGCGCCACCUUCUGUACAGAGAAAUAAAACAAUAAUACUUUUAA